GGUACUGGGAGGUCAUUAACUGCAGGAUGUAACCUCAGCAAUAGCUACGUUGUAAUAAACACCUGUAACGAACAGCGUUGGUCAGAAAAAAAGUGCAUGACCGGUGUUUGAAUAUUUCUCAAUAGGCUGGACUUUAUUGAACAAUUGUGGGACAAAUGACUUGCUGAAGUUGACUGGACGGUUGUGGGAUAUUAAACAUUUAAGAUGCCUGCUGAUAUUGUGGAGAAAACUUCCCCAUCUUCUGUUGCAGCCACCCUGUCGAGCGUAAAUGGAAAUCCGGAUAAACCAAGGACUGCCUCGGGGGACAGAAAGUCUUCUAAACCAAUUAUGGAGAAGAGAAGACGCGCGCGAAUCAACGAAAGCCUUGGACAGCUCAAGACCCUCAUACUGGACGCUCUAAAGAAAGAUAACUCCAGGCAUUCGAAGCUGGAGAAGGCAGACAUCCUUGAGAUGACUGUGAAGCACCUAAGGAAUAUGCAGCGUCUUCAAAUGACUGGUGCUAUAAGCACGGAUUCAUCAGUCCUUGGCAAGUACAGAGCGGGAUUCAGCGAGUGCAUGAGUGAAGUCGCCCGUUUUCUGUCCACACGUGAAGGGAUGAACAUGGAGGUCAUGUCCCAACUUCUCAGCCACUUAGCUGGUUGUGUGUCACAGAUCAACGCCGUAAACUACUCAACUCAUCGCCAGAGCCUCACCUACCCUGCGCAUCCAGCGCAUCCAACGCAUGGCGAAGCCAUUGUGCAAAUCCCAAGUGCGUCGCCUCAGUUGAAUGUAAUCAUGCCUUGCAAAAGUGGCUCGCCAAUCAACUUCACGUCCGAAGUGGCUAAAUUCUACAGCGGACUUCAGUUUGUGUCAGCGACAGAUGGACAAUUCGCCUUUCUGAUUCCAAGCGCGGCACUUGCGCAAAUGAGCGUGCCAAACGCCCAACAUGGCAAUCCAACAGUUGCGGUGGCGGUGUCACCUGUUGCACCUCCCAUCACUGCAGACUCCGUGUGGAGACCAUGGUAGGGUCAUUAGACUGAAGGACUUUGAUGCACCAUAACACAAUUUUUUUCUGAUAUGAGUUGUUGUAUAUUUUUGUAUAGGCUGUUCAAAGCAAUAGUCAAGAGUGAUGCUUAUUCACAUGUUGUUGUUCUUUGAUGGAGAAUACACUUUUCCAUGAGAUAUAUUUUCAGUGAUGUCAUGAUCAUGUUUUAUUUUUGUGAUACAACAAUUAUUCAAAUGCCCUCAAAUGCCUUCCUUCAGGAAAUCAAUAAAUUCUUCAAAUGAAAUUGCAAUGUUAACACCUGAAAAUUGUGACUUCUUAACUACAUUUAAAAUAAUUGU